AUGGGUUACCUCUCGGAUUUUGGUGGAGCCUUCUUGAGUAUCCUUUUAGUCUGCUAUCUGGUUGAUGCCGCAAGACUCAGAGCCAGACGAAAGCAAUUUAUGAGGGAAAAUGAUUGCGAAGAACCCCCCAAGAGACCAUCUCAAUAUCCCUUUGGUAUUGAUCUUUUCCUGAACAAAAUGAAGAAUAUCAAAAGUCAUACACAUCUCGAAUCUAUCAUGAAUCAUCACAAGGAACUCGGAAGCACGUACACCGAGAAGUCUAUCGGUACAACUACCAUCUUUACCAUCGACCCUCAGAAUCUUCAAACGUAUUAUAGUACAAACUUCAAGGAUUAUGGGGUUUAUCAUCUGAGAAAAAAAGCUUUCCAUCCACUUCUAGGAGAUGGCGUAUUUAGCACUGACGGGCCUUUCUGGGAACACUCCCGAGCGUUGAUACGACCUACCUUUACAAGGUUCAACGUGGCCAACUUUCCUGCAUUCGAGAUACAUCUUCAAAAAUUCCUGAAAUUUAUACCGAGAGAUGGAAAAACCGUAAACCUGAGUUCGUUGCUUGAUGACCUGUUCCUAGCCACAUCCACAGAGUUCAUCUUUGGCGAAUCUGUCAAUGCUUUAGAUGAGUCUUCUGAUGAAUCUUCUGAAUCUCAUAAAUUUCUCAACGCUUUCCACCAUGCUCAACGAGGCAUCAGUAUCCGAUCUCAGCUCCGUACCUUGUCAUUCUUAUAUCAAGACCGUUGGGAUAAAAAAGAAAGACGCGCCGUUCAUAAAUUCGUCGAUGCACAUAUUGACAAGGCACUCGAGCUUCGCCGAGAAUUUUUAGCUUCCAAAAAAUCACUCACGAAUCCAGAUCCGUCGAGUUCAAGCGACGAAGAAGAUGAAGAAGAAGUAAACCAUCGCUAUAUUCUCCUUCACGAAAUGGCCAAGGAAACAGAUGAUCGUCGAGAGCUCCGGAAUCAAACUUUGCAGGUAUUCUUGGCAGGUCAUGAAGCUACGGCUAUUGGAGUUGGGAAUGCAAUCUUUUGGUUAUGGAUGAGAUAUCUACAAUGGGUUGUUAACGAGACUCUCCGUCUCACUCCCAUAGCCCCAACCAUAACCCGUGGAGCAGUUUGCGAUACCAUUCUCCCUCGCGGUGGCGGCCCUCCAGGAACAUCCCCGAUUCUCGUCAAAGCCGGUACUCUCAUUACACCCAAUAGUUGGGUAUUCCAUCGCCUGGCACCUUGUUAUCAACCAGAUCCCGAAGCGUUCAGACCAGAACGUUGGGAACAUCUGAGGCCAGGAUGGAAUUAUUUACCAUUUGGAGGUGGAACUAGAAUGUGUGCGGGAAGAAAUCUGGGGUUAACGGAGAUGGCAUAUGUGCUUGCGAGAUUGGUACAGGAGUGGGAAGGGGUGGAGUGUAGGGACGAAGUUGCGGAGUGGGUAGAGGAGAUGAAAUUGAGCGUGGAGAGUGGAAACGGUGUUAAGGUUGGGGUGAAGUGGGCUGGAUAG